UGAUCAAAGCAAUUCUAAAACAACACCAAGAAUUUGAUAAUUUACAAUCCUUUAUCAGAAACCAUGAAGAUGAUGAACGACUCAACAAUGGGAGGAUCAAAGAGAAAGUUAACCAGAGGACUUGGAGGAGUUCUUAGAGAACAGAGAGGAAGACUUUAUAUUAUUAGAAGAUGCGUGGUUAUGCUUCUCUGUUGGCAUGAUUGAUUUACUAACUUCAAGUUCAUAAAGAUGAAGAAGAAGAUGGAGAGAAGCCUUUUAUCAUCGUCAUCACAGAAAUCAUUUUUGAGUGUACAUAUACUGAAACGGAUUUAAUGUUGUUUAACGAUAAAUUUAACAAUUUUUAUGUAUUUUAUAAUUAGUCUUCGUAUGUAUA